AAAACUUUUCGGAUUUUCGGCAAUGGCGUAGCAGCAAUGGACGUUCGUUGGCUGUUGCUCAGUCGCUUGGGUGUUCGCGGUGCCUCUAGAAUGAUCUGAUAUUUACUGUUCAAGUGUAAUCUUCCAGCAAGAAGUGAUGGAUCUGGUGCAGCGGGUGUUCACAUUUCUCACUUUCUUUGUUUGCUGCGGUUGUUUAGCGUUCCUGACCGUGUCGCUUGCUACUCAAGAAUGGAUCGAGGCGAAGCCAGUUAUGUUAGUUUAUGUGAGCAAUAAUUCUAUACAGCAAGCUGAAAAUGAAGGGAAAUUCAAAGGAGAAGUGUCUUUUGGACUAUUUCAUGGCAAAAAGACGCUCAAUUACGGGCUGGGCCCGAGGCACUCAACUUUCAGCAUUAAAGAAGAGCUGCAGAAGAAUCCGACGCUAAUGAUCUUCGGCCUGUGGCUCGUGACAGUGCUUGGCAUUUCCUUGGCUGUCGUUUUCGGGCUUGUGAGCUGCAUAUUUGCGAUCGUCAACUCGGUGAUGACGCCCGUAGAAGCAAUCACGGGAAGGGCCGGCCUGUACCUGUGGAAUACUGUCGGAGGUUUCUUUUGCCUGGUGGCCAUCAUUUCCUGGGUGGUGCAGUUCUACCUCAAGCUGAGCCACAAUGUUAUGACUCAGGAUGAGCAGAAUGACAAAUGGACAUCGGAAGGGCGGGCAUCACUGGGCUACAGCUUCUAUUUCUUAGUGGUAGCUCUAGUGCUCUUUUCACUGAAUGUUUGCAUAUUGGUGGUGGCCAGCUUGCAGCCAUGGGGCUGGAAGAAGCCAAAACACAUCACACCCAAAAAUCCUGAGGGUGUGAUCAUGCUCUACUAAUAUGGCGCCUACAAAUUGUCAGUUACGAGGCAUCCAUCGCAUUUUAAGGCCAAUGUAACUAUGUCGUGAGGUUCAGUGUCAAAAGCUACCACCUGAUCAACAUGGGCCAGGAUGACAUAAUUAUAUUCCAGUGCUACCCCUUUUCAUGCACUAUCUUAGGUCCAAGCAUUGCCCUGAUUGAAUUAUCGCCUAGUUUGGCUAGCCAUGACAGUGAAUAAAAAAAGUAUAAAUUUUUAUAUUAUUAUGCCAUCCAUGGCUUCAGAUGUCCGUGCUUUACAGAGCCCUUGGCUUAUGCAAGCCAUUUGUAAACUUAGUGCCUUCUUAAGUUUAAAUAUUUCAGCGGCUGUGUUGCAGUGUCCUAGCUUGAAAAAUAUUGGUGUUAAUGCUACUUGCACUGGUCCACUCCUACUCACUAUCAACUUUUAGGUGCAAUGAAUGCUACAGGGCACAUUAGCCAGUAAAAGGAGCAAAUGUGCAGAUUGUGUCAAUCUGCGCCCAUGGCCGCUUUCUCUGAGAACAGAACACACAACACAGCAAGUGGUACACCUGAUCUUCUGCAGUUGCAUGUUGCACGUUGCACUGGACAUUUACAAAUAAUUAGUACAAUGUAGUGUCGGUGACUGACACUUCAAGCUUGAUAAUGCUGGCAGAGAUGAAUUUACAAGCAGUUAUUUUGGGACAUUAGAAACUAUGUAACCACCUGUGUGGUCCAUGACAAUAAUAAAACUAUUUUUGAUUUGCAACUAAUCGACACUGAAGCACUGAGCUAAUUUUAUUGCAUACUAGGCAGAGACAUGACAAUGAGCACUCCUCACAGCUUUUGCUGUUGUACUACAAGUUGAUUCUGAGCUGGAGUAUAGCUUCCUUGAUUAAUAUAAUGUAAUAAUUAGAACUUCGCCGACCGAUUACCUUAAGCCUGUACUGCCAUAAUAAUUAUACAAACACAGCCUUCGAACAAUGGUGACAGCCAACCUUAAUGCAGCCUGUGAUCACAGCAAGAUACACAUAGGAAUUUGGUGUACCUGCAGCUGUUAUCAUUCUCAUGUCACAUUUCAUACAUCUCUAUGUUCCAAAUGAUUUGUUCAACCCAGACCUUUUUAUAUAUACUUGUUCUGAAGUCAAGAAGUUUUCUUUCUACGGCUUGACACUGAGAGGAAGUGAACAUGUCUGUACUUUAUUCCAACGGGUCAUUGAAGCGUGUUUAUAUAGGAUACCAUUUUGCGGCAAAGAGCUGAUGGUAUAAAAUAUAUUGCUGCAAGUAAUAGCUUGCUUAGUUGAAGUGUGCUGUCGAGUUGAAUUUGAAAGGCAAUUCAAUGCCUUUCCCGAGAGCCCAGUGAAAACUUGAUGAGCACACUAUUGUUGUGCGAAACAUUUUUUGUGUGCCUGUUUGAAUUGUAUACUGGGCACUGAUAAUUUUAUGAAAAAGUUGUCCGUCCAUGUGAGAAGUUGAUCUUCACCAUAAAGCCUGAGGAGCAUUUUGAGCAGCAUGUUCUACAACAUUUUGACGCUUGCUCUUAAGAUUGCACUUUUCUUUAUACCGUGAAAGUCCACCACACGAAAAGGUGCCAUUUUUGUACCAUGUACAUUCCAUCUCACCUAUUUAAGCAUACUAACGUUCGCCUCAAUUUUCAAAGCACAUUUUUUAAAAUGCUGGCUUUCAUAAUGUUUUGAUGCAGUUUUAUGUAUUUACAUGCAAAAUAAAGUUUCUACUUUUUGCAUAAA